GAGCCACAGCGCGCUUUCCGGUGAGCACGGUUUCACGCGCACAGGCAUUCUCUCGCAGACGCGCGCGCAGACGCGGGAGAUGGGUGCGCGGAACAUUUCAGCGCGCGCUAAUAUAUAACCUUCACACGCUUAAAAUAAACUCCAAGUGCAAUAUCGUUAAUAAAUAGUUUUGUAUCGGUUUAAAAAUCUAUAUUACUAGAUUUUUUUUUUUUUUUGGUGGGACAAUGGAUUUACAGAGCACGAAUGAAACUCAGAUCCCGAUUUGGGAAUGUUCAAGAACUCCAGACAAUUCCAGCGUGAACAGCUCCGCGUUGGAAGUUAACGCCACCUGUAGCAAUGCGUCAAUAAUUCAGAAAUUCAAACCCACGCGACCAAGAGAAAUGGACUCGGUGAGGAUUAUUCUUUACUCACUCGUCUUUCUCCUGAGUGUUUUUGGGAACCUGCUGAUCAUUGUGGUCCUAAUGGUAAACAAGAGAAUGCGGACCGUCACCAACUCCUUCCUGCUCUCGCUGGCUGUUAGUGAUCUCAUGAUGGCCAUCUUCUGCAUGCCCUUUAAUCUCAUCCCCAGCCUGCUGGAGGACUUCAUAUGAACAGCGAUGUGCAAGACAGUCGCCUAUUUCAUGGGUAUAUCUGUAAGCAUCUCCACUUUCAGUCUGGUUGCCAUUGCCAUUGAAAGAUACAGUGCCAUUUGCAACCCGUUGAAGUCCAGGGCCUGGCAGACCCGUUCUCAUGCCUAUAAGGUCAUUGCUGCCACAUGGGUGCUAUCUGUGGGAAUCAUGGUGCCCUAUCCUGUGUUCAGUAUACUGGUGCCAUUCAACAAGCCAAACAACAUCACAGCUCACAUGUGCAGGCUCGACUGGCCCAUCAGCCAGGUGGAACAGACUUGGUACGUCUUGUUGCUUUUCAUUCUGUUCUUCAUCCCAGGUGUGGUGAUGAUAAUUGCCUACGGUCUCAUAUCCAGAGAACUUUACAGAGUUCAGUUUGAACUGGAGCAGAAGAAAAACUGUGGUGUAAAGAACGGGUUGAAUGGUGCACUGUCUCCUGGCCAUGAUGAGAGUGAUGGAUGCUAUAUCCAAGUCCCAAAGAAGCCCCCAGCUAUGGAACUUUCUGCUCUGACCACCUCCGGCACCAUCAAGGCAGACCGUCCACGGAGCAACACCUCAGAGGAAAAGCUCAUUGCCAAAAAACGAGUGAUCCGAAUGCUGAUUAUUAUAGUUGCCAUGUUCUUUAUAUGCUGGAUGCCUCUAUACUCUGCUAACACCUGGAAAGCUUUUGACCAAAAGUCGGCCCAGCGCGCACUUUCUGGAGCUCCCAUCUCCUUCAUUCAGCUGCUGUCUUAUACUUCAGCCUGCGUCAACCCUAUCAUCUACUGCUUCAUGAACACUUCCCGGAAGGCUCUCUUUGCCACCUUUGAGUGUUGCAGGCGCCGUGCCACAACCGGAAGAAGAAGAGGGGAAGGUGAUGAUGAGAUCACUGGAGUCACAGGAGCCUCCAUAACAAAGUUCAGUUAUACCACCGUUAGCACGGUAGGACCGUGUUAGCAUUAGCAACGCAGGCCUCUCCAGUUUCAUCCAUGAGCUGUGUGCUUGUGACAUGCACUGAGUUCAGAUCACCAGAUGUGUUCUUCUUUUUCAUGGUGUCAACAUGCUUUGUCCGAUGUGUCAGUGUUCAUUUUUAUUUGGAAAAGAAUACCUCAUUUGUCUGGUCUUUCUGCCCAAAGUUGGUGUGUCAGUGGUAAACUGUCUUUCUAUGGUUGUGUCUUUAUUUAUAGCAUUGUGAUACAAUCAAAAGUUGUGGUGCACGGGACAAGCAAAGAUGUAGCUAUAUUUUUAUUGUGUAAGACUUUUCAGAGGAAUCUUAUCAUGCAUGGGAAGUGUUCAUAGAGAAUACCAUAGAAAUUGUAUCUUUGAUGUUAUAGAACCAAAUAUUGCAUGUUGCAUGAUCAAACACAAGACUACUCUUGUAGCUUUUUGGCUACAAAAUGGUACAUUUUCUUGUCUAUUUUGAGUCUUGUGAUGUAUCAUCAUUUUUUGUUCUCUGUUUUGUUUUAUGACCGUAUCUUUGUCUUAAUGAGCUUUCUUAAAUGGCACAACUGAGUCAUUCUUUUGUGUAUUCUGAUAAUAAGAACAUCAGAUGGUUUUGUAGGAGACGAUGUUUAAUUUGUGCUCCUUCUUUUCUGAUGCACAUCUACUACAAGUUAUCCUACAUGAAGAUGUAUCAGGUGGGCAAGGCAAUUCAGUCGUCAACGGAAUCAACCAACUCUUGGAAGUCUUCACCCCAGUUGAAGUGAUGCCAUGGUCAAUACUGCCAAGCUGCAUGCCAGGUUGGAAUUUUAAUGCCCUGGCAGUGGAGAUAAUGAUUUAAAUGGAAAUAAUAAACUGUAGAGGGAAGUUUGAUGUAAUAGCCUUGGAGGCACUAAUGUUGUUUGUAUGUUCUAACACACAUUCUCACUAAAACACACACAAAAAAAAAAAAAAAAAUCAGUUUAUCUUAAAUUGCAAUUGCUCUAAUCGAUUUCUUCCUUAUUGCUGAAGCAGAUGAGACACCUG